AUUUUGAAUGACUAGGUGCGCUAAACCAAGACUUUUAUAAACGACUCCUCUCUCUCUCUCUCUACCCGAAAACCCCUAAAACCCUUUCGCGUUUUAAGCAAGCAGCAGCAGCUGAGGCCGCUCUCUCAAGUGUCACUCUUUGUCAUGGCGACCACCGUUUCCCCACCUGCGGAUCAAGCUGCAGACUUGCUGCAGAAUUUGGCCUUGGAAUCUCAGACCAAGGGUCCUGAUGAUAUCCCUGACCCUGCCACUGCCAGGAAGCCCGUUGACGUGACUUCUAAGAGCAAGUCUUAUGAUCGGUCUACGGCCCCAUUGCGAAAGAAUUUUAUGGAUCCAUCUGCGUGCUAUCUACCUAAUGGUUACACAUCUUCUGCCUAUUACUAUGGAGGCUAUGAUGGGACUGGAAAUGAGUGGGGCGGGAUUCCAAGUUAUGUUAAUCCAAAUGGAAACGAUGUGAAUUCUGCUGUCUAUGGGGAUAAUGGUUCUUUUAUGUAUCAUCAUGGUUAUGGUUAUGCACCCUACAGCACAUAUUCAACAUCGGGGUCUCCGGUUUCAACUGUGGGAAGUGAUGGUCAGCUAUAUGGACCUCAGCAGUACCAAUAUCCUCCCUAUUUUAAGCAGCUGAAACCUAACAGUGGCUCACACACCCCUAAUUCAGCUGUUCCUUCCCAGGGGGCUGUCUCUACUGCAAAGGAUGCUGGCCACAAGCCCUCACUUGUAGGAACAGCUAAUGGGAAUCCCGUUGGUGUUCUGGCCAGUGUGUGUAAGAAGGGAAAUAGUCCUUCCGAUUUCUCAAGACCACCAUAUAAAAACUCAUCACUGAAUCUAAGGGGUUCCUGCAAUGGGUACUAUGAUGCAAUGUGUGGUUUUGAUGGGUUGGUAACUCCUACCCCAUGGUUUGAACGGCCAAUGUAUUCAAAUGGACUGGGUAAACCAAUGACUGGAAACGCAGUCAACAGAACUCCAUCUUCCAAGAAUCAGACUUCUCGAUCAAACUCUCAAUUCAUGGAUUUGUACCACACGAGGAUGGGAUACGGUAUGGAUACAGCUAACGGACUUGUGAAUGGGAUGUAUGCCAAUGAAUUGUAUGGUCAUUAUUGGAACCCAAUUAGACUUGGUAUGGGAUUUGGAUCCAAUGGUUUUGGUAUGCAUAGAAAUGGAAGUGGGUGGACGGCUCUUCAAAACAAGUAUAAAACCAGGGGGCGAGACAGUUCCUUCCGCUUUGGUAACCAAGACAUAGAAGGCUUGGAUGAGUUGAACAAGGGACCUAGAGUUAAAAGUUUAAAAAAUCAAAAGGGAAAUUCACCUGUUGCUGUAGCAGUCAAGGGGAACAAUAUGCUGUUGAAUAAAGUUGACGAUGAGAAGGAUGCAGUUAGCAUAAUGGCAGAGCAGGAGCAGUACAUCGGGACAGAUAUCUGUGAUCAUUAUGCUGAUGCUAAGUUCUUCAUUAUUAAGUCAUAUAGUGAGGAUGAUGUUCAUAAGAGUGUAAAGUAUAAUGUUUGGGCCAGCACACCAAAUGGAAACAAUAAACUUCAUGCAGCAUACCAAGAGGCUCAGGGGGAGUCAGGUGGCUGCCCCGUGUUUCUGUUUUUCUCGGUGAAUGCCAGUGGCCAAUUUGUUGGCCUAGCGGAGAUGGUGGGGCCGGUAGAUUUUAACAAGAAUGUGGAACAUUGGCAACAAGACAAGUGGACUGGCUAUUUUCCAGUUAAGUGGCACAUUGUAAAGGAUGUACCCAACAGUUUGCUAAAGCACAUUACCUUAGAGAACAAUGAAAACAAACCUGUCACUAACAGCAGGGACACUCAAGAGGUCAAGCCAGAGCAGGGGCUUAAAAUGAUCAAGAUGUUCAAGGAUCAUUCCAGUAAAACAAGCCUUUUGGAUGAUUUUGAGUUCUAUGAAGCUCGCCAGAAGACAAUUCAGGAAAAUAAAGCAAAACAGCAGAUCCGGAAACAGGUAUUGGAUGGGAAGCCAAGUGAUGGAAGAAAUGAUGGGGCAAAUGAAGCGCUCAAAUCCUUGGAUUCAUUUGGAACUACGUUAGAUUUGAUUAAGGAACCGACACCAAGUGCUGAGACCGGUGAGGAACUGAAGUUGUCGGAGAAUGGAUCGGUUGCUGAAACAGGAGGAAAUCUGAAGGCUCCAGAACUAGCUGUGACCGAGAUGAUUGUAACAAAAUAGGUUGUAAAUGGUUGCUAGUUUGUGCAAUGCACCACAGUGGCUUGAUCCAUUUAAGGUUUUAUUAGUAGGAGUUUCUUGAGUGGAUUUACUGCUUUCAGUUAAGUAUAUUAGUGAGUCGGUGUCGUUUAGAGAUUUCCAGGCCCCAUGUCAUUGUACAUUGUUCAUGUGGGUCGGUUUGUUUGAACAAUAGUUGCUCCCAUCUCCCUCCUCUUUGUCUGCGAGAAUCUCUCCCCCUGGCAGUAGCUUAAACUUUACAAGUGUAAGGAAAAUAUGUUUUAUAAUGCUUUUUGUAGAAAUUCACAAAAAGGGAUUGGAAAA